GGAAGGGGUGGGAAUCUGAGGAGGAGACUAUAUUUUUAUUAUUAUUUUUAAUUUUUUUUUAAUAUUAUUUUCGCCGUACAAAGAGGACGCUCGGAAUUCACCGGCCUGUCGGCUCCCGAGAGGGACCCGGGAAUUGUGCGGUCGCUUUUCUUCACCUGCUUUCUUUUUCUUUCCGUUUUUUUUUUUUUUUUUUUUUUUUUUUUUUUUUUUGUUUGUUUCGUUGGUUGGUUUGGUUGUUUGUUUGUUUUGACUGGGGGCUUUUUAAAUUUUUAUUACUCUCCUUAUGGUUCCCCGCUGAGCAGCGGCGGCAGCAGCAGCAAUAUGGCUGGUGAUGGGCUUUUUGGGGGGCGCUGGCGGCGGGAGGAGCUCUCGGAAGCCCCUGCGCGCCCGGCUCGCUGUUAGCUAUGGCAAAUGGCAGCGGCGGCGGCUCCUACCCGGGCGGCAGCGGCAGCGGCAUUAGAAUGAGUAACAAUAUCAACGCCAACAAUCUCAACACAGACUCGUCCUCCUCCCCCGUCAAUGUGCCCAAGAUGGAUGCGCUCAUCAUCCCGGUGACCAUGGAGGUGCCCUGCGAUAGCCGCGGACAGCGCAUGUGGUGGGCUUUCCUCGCCUCAUCCAUGGUUACUUUCUUUGGGGGACUGUUUAUCAUCCUGCUGUGGAGGACCCUCAAGUACCUGUGGACUGUCUGCUGCCACUGCGGGGUCAAAAACAAGGAGGCCCAGAAGAUCAAUGGUGGUGGAGAUACACAGGCAGAUGGAGCCUGCAAACCAACAGAUGAAAAAGAGGAGAAUGUGGCAGCAGAAGUGGGAUGGAUGACGUCUGUGAAGGAUUGGGCAGGAGUCAUGAUAUCUGCCCAGACAUUAACUGGCAGAGUACUUGUUGUCUUAGUCUUCGCUCUUAGUAUUGGUGCUCUUGUAAUAUACUUCAUAGAUUCAUCAAACCCAAUAGAAUCCUGCCAGAAUUUCUACAAAGAUUUCACAUUACAGAUCGACAUGGCUUUCAAUGUGUUCUUCCUACUCUACUUCGGCUUGCGUUUUAUAGCAGCCAAUGACAAGCUAUGGUUUUGGCUAGAAGUUAACUCAGUGGUAGAUUUCUUCACGGUCCCUCCAGUGUUUGUGUCAGUAUAUUUAAACAGAAGUUGGCUUGGUUUAAGAUUUUUAAGAGCCCUUAGACUGAUACAGUUUUCAGAAAUCUUGCAGUUUCUGAAUAUACUUAAAACAAGUAAUUCCAUCAAGCUAGUGAAUCUGUGCUCUAUAUUUAUCAGCACGUGGCUGACAGCAGCUGGGUUCAUACAUUUGGUGGAGAACUCAGGGGAUCCAUGGGAAAAUUUCCAAAAUAAUCAACCGCUAACAUACUGGGAAUGUGUUUAUUUGCUGAUGGUUACAAUGUCCACCGUUGGCUAUGGAGAUGUUUAUGCAAAAACAACCCUUGGUCGCCUUUUCAUGGUCUUCUUCAUCCUUGGGGGAUUGGCCAUGUUUGCCAGCUACGUCCCUGAAAUCAUAGAGUUAAUAGGAAACCGCAAGAAAUAUGGUGGUUCCUAUAGUGCGGUUAGUGGAAGAAAGCACAUAGUUGUCUGUGGUCACAUAACACUUGAAAGUGUGUCGAACUUCCUGAAGGACUUCCUGCACAAGGAUAGGGAUGAUGUCAAUGUAGAAAUCGUCUUUCUGCAUAAUAUCUCCCCUAACCUUGAGCUGGAAGCUCUUUUUAAACGACACUUCACUCAGGUGGAAUUUUAUCAGGGUUCAGUCCUUAAUCCCCAUGACCUGGCGAGAGUGAAGAUAGAGUCAGCAGAUGCGUGCCUAAUCCUUGCCAAUAAAUACUGCGCUGACCCAGAUGCUGAAGAUGCCUCCAAUAUUAUGAGAGUUAUUUCCAUAAAGAAUUAUCAUCCGAAGAUAAGAAUUAUCACUCAGAUGUUGCAGUACCACAAUAAGGCCCAUCUACUAAAUAUCCCAAGCUGGAACUGGAAAGAAGGGGAUGAUGCAAUCUGUCUUGCUGAGCUGAAGCUGGGUUUCAUAGCCCAGAGCUGCCUGGCACCGGGCCUUUCCACAAUGUUAGCCAACCUCUUCUCUAUGAGGUCCUUCAUAAAGAUUGAGGAGGAUACGUGGCAGAAAUACUACCUGGAAGGAGUUGCAAAUGAAAUGUAUACAGAAUAUCUGUCUAGUGCCUUUGUGGGUUUGUCCUUCCCUGCAGUUUGUGAGCUGGUGUUUGCCAAGCUGAAGCUCUUGAUGAUAGCCAUCGAGUACAAGUCGGAGAAGCGCGAGAGCAGUAUAUUAAUCAAUCCUGGAAACCACGUCAAGAUUCAAGAAGGUACCUUAGGAUUCUUCAUUGCAAGUGAUGCCAAAGAAGUAAAAAGGGCAUAUUUUUACUGCAAGGCCUGUCAUGAUGACAUCACAGAUCCCAAAAGGAUAAAAAAAUGUGGCUGCAAACGGCCCAAGAUGUCCAUCUACAAGAGAAUGAGACUGGCAUGUUGUUUUGAUUGCGGACGCUCUGAGCGUGACUGCUCUUGCAUGUCAGGCAGUGUACAUAGUAACAUGGACACCCUUGAGAGAGCCUUCCCACUUUCUUCUGUCUCUGUUAAUGAUUGCUCCACCAGUUUACGUGCCUUUGAAGAUGAGCAGCCGUCGACACUAUCACCCAAAAAAAAGCAGCGAAAUGGAGGCAUGCGAAAUUCACCCAACUCCUCACCCAAACUGAUGAGGCAUGACCCCUUGUUAAUUCCUGGCAAUGAGCAGAUUGACAAUAUGGAUGCCAACGUGAAAAAAUACGACUCUACAGGGAUGUUUCAUUGGUGUCCAGCCAAAGACAUCGAAAAGGUCAUUUUGACUCGAAGUGAAGCAGCGAUGACAGUUUUAAGUGGGCAUGUAGUCGUUUGCAUAUUUGGGGAUGUUAAAUCUGCUUUGAUUGGAUUAAGAAAUUUAGUGAUGCCAUUACGAGCCAGCAACUUUCACUACCAUGAACUCAAGCACAUUGUGUUUGUGGGUUCACUUGAAUACCUGAGAAGGGAAUGGGAGACACUGCAUAACUUCCCCAAGGUUUCAAUCUUGCCUGGUACGCCAUUAAGUCGGGCUGAUUUAAGGGCUGUCAACAUCAACCUCUGCGACAUGUGCGUUAUCCUGUCAGCCAAUCAGAAUAAUAUUGAUGAUGCUUCGCUGCAGGACAAGGAAUGCAUCUUGGCGUCACUCAACAUCAAAUCUAUGCAGUUUGAUGACAGCAUUGGGGUCUUGCAGGCUAAUUCCCAAGGCUUUACACCUCCAGGGAUGGAUAGGACAUCUCCAGACAAUAGUCCAGUCCAUGGCCUUUUACGUCAACCCUCCAUUACAACAGGAGCCAACAUCCCUAUUAUAACAGAGCUAGUAAAUGAUUCAAAUGUUCAGUUCUUGGACCAAGAUGAUGAUGAUGAUCCCGACACAGAACUGUAUCUCACUCAGCCUUUUGCUUGUGGAACUGCAUUUGCUGUCAGCGUGCUGGACUCCCUCAUGAGCGCAACAUACUUCAAUGACAAUAUCCUCACACUGAUACGGACAUUGGUAACAGGAGGAGCCACACCAGAGCUGGAAGCACUGAUUGCUGAGGAAAAUGCAUUGAGAGGAGGUUACAGCACGCCCCAGACACUUGCAAACAGGGACAGGUGUCGAGUUGCUCAGUUGGCUUUGUAUGAUGGGCCAUUUGCAGACCUAGGGGACGGAGGUUGUUAUGGAGAUCUGUUUUGUAAAGCACUGAAAACAUACAAUAUGCUUUGCUUUGGAAUUUAUCGAUUAAGGGAUGCACAUCUAAGUACUCCCAGCCAAUGCACUAAACGUUAUGUUAUCACAAACCCACCGUAUGAAUUCGAGCUUGUGCCGACGGACUUGAUCUUCUGUUUGAUGCAAUUUGACCACAACGCUGGCCAGUCCCGAGCCAGCCUUUCUCAUUCCUCCCAUUCCUCCUACUCUUCCAGCAAGAAGAGCUCAUCAGUUCACUCCAUCCCUUCGACAGCCAACCGACCGAACCGCACCAAGAGCAGAGAUUCCCGGGACAAACAGAAGUAUGUGCAGGAGGAUAGACUUUGAUAUGUGUAUCUGCUCCCACUGUGUGUGAAACUUGCAUUCACCACCCAUUCUCCCCGGUUAAUGUUUCCAGCAGUAAUGUUCCCUGUUUUCCCAUGGAGUUCUCCCUUUUUUGUACACAUAUUUUGCAUAUGUAUGACAGUGUGCAUGUGAUUGUCAUUUUUAUUUCACCACCAUAAAACCCUUAAGCACAACAGCAACAAAGCAGACGGACCAAAAGUUAUUUAUGAUGCUAGGGGAGAAUAAAAAAAGAAUUCCAAACCCAUAGGCACACUGAAAACAUAAAUAACUCACUGCAGUUACUCUACAUAUCCGAAAAUAGAGUAUAUUUAACAUGAACACUUGCUCUUGAUGUCAGAGUUACACAAAGAAAGUCAUUUAGUGCAGAAGUGUUGAUGUAUGUUGCAGUAGGUUUUUUUAAUACUUAUAUUUACAAAAGCUCAUACAUUUAUUUGAAGCUUAUAAAACUCUCCUAUUGAAAAAAAAAAAAGCAAAACAAAAACCAUGCAAAAAAAAAAUUCCUGCUGAUUUUUCACUCUCAAAGCUUAUGUUAUAUAGGGCUUACACUCCUUGUAUAGAUUAUUGCUAGACAUCUGCUUUAUACCAAAGCAAUAUCAGGGACUUUUCUGCUUGUUCAAGAACUUUCUCUAAAAUACUAGGCUUUUGGAGAUGGUAUAUUUUCCCUUUAACGCUGAAAUUGUCAGGGCAUGAAGUUUUACAACUCCAAUGGUUUAAUUUAAGUUUAGAAAGAGUCUAAUUGCAUAUUAAAUUAUUAUUCUGUCUAUUUAUAUUGCCACAUGAAUAGGUAUAUUUUCUUUCACUUUUGACAUUUGGGAUAAAAAGCCAUAUGUAUCAUAAAUAUUGGAUGUAAGUCAUUAAAAACUGCCUUCUUGGGACUUUUACGUCUUUAAAAGGUGAAUUAGUCACCUUAUGUACAGAAUAAAUAAUGUUCAGAAAAGAGCAAGCAUUUUUCUAUGCUUGCAUAUCAGAUCUCAAGGGACUUUGUUCCCUUCCCCAGAUGGUAGUUUAACUUUUCCAAGUUAGUGUUCAUAUAAAUCUUCCAACAAGGGUCCUAAUAUGUGAAGAACCUCCAGAAAUCUUGCUGCGUGUUCUACCUGUUUUUCUCAGCAGGUGCAUGCCAGUAUGCAGGAAUACAGGGAAGACAACUGAGUGCCUUUAAGUCUCUCCCAUUUGGGGAGAAAAGGUGCUGUGCCCCAGACUGUUAAUGAGGAGAACAAGAGGGCUGGGUUGGAAACACUCACAGUGCUGAGGCGUCGUGUUCCGUGCACUUGCCAGAAUUCAGUUCUUGCAAAUUGUCACCAAUGACACAUGUAGCCAAAAAAAGUUGUGGCAGGGAGCUAAAUAAAGUAGUGGCAAGGAACCUGCCCUAGACAGCCAUAGGAAUGAUAGUUCAGGCUUGCUUUUACUUUUUUUUUCUUGGUUUAAACUUCAGAAGCCAAUGUAUAUUUUGAAAUAUACAGCUAUCUCUAGGUUUAUGGAGGGUUUCCGAGGGUAGGCAGGGCAGAAACACAUACCCUCUUCCCUGGCUAUCCAGCGAGAAAGCAUGCAGACAGAAAAAUAUUUAGAUUUGGAAUGAUUAGCAUUGUAACUGCCAACCCAAUCAAGGUGCUUUUAUGGUUAGUUUUGUCUUCUACCUUCCCCUUCCCCACGCAUGAUAAUUUUGAAGAUUUGCUUGCUGUGUGAAUUGACAAUAAAGCCAAGCACUUUUACUGACAAAACCUGGAACCGUGUAAGUGGGCUACAGAGAAUACCACUGUGCAGUGCUGAGCAUAAUGAUUGGAAUACAGUCUAUAUGUGUGAGUGUGCAUUCAAACGCAGCUGUAAGUCCAAUCAGUGAAAUGCAUUGCAAAUUAUGGUUGCUCCCCUACAAACGAGACUAUUACAGUUGCUCUUCAUCAUAAAGAAAAAUUCACGUGUUCCUUUUUGCAAAGAAAGUUAUCGUGUUUUGCCCUCAGAAUAUUUAUUGCUACAAGGAUGUGCCAGUUAAAGUGCUCAACCAGAAAUAUGACAGUUUAAAAGCAUUGUAAAACUUACAUAGCUUACUUCUUUUUCUAAAGUGCAACAAGGAUGAAUAGAAUGGGCCAAGGUAUGAAAAUUAAUGGUUCUGCAUGACCUAGCAACUGCUGUGGGUUUCCCUCUAUAACUUUGUCCUUGUGAAAACUUGUGAAAUUAAAAAAAAUAGUUACAAACCUUA